UCUUUUUGUUUAAAGACACCGUAUGCAGUAAAACCAGGACCGUUUCAGCUGACUUUUCCCACCCCGGCGCCUUCAGGGUGAGCAUGGAAGCUCUGAAGUUUGCAACUGUGCUGUUGGUGGUGUUGGCACAGGCUCUGUGUGCACUGGGGAAUCCACUCUCCAGCCAGGAAGACGACAGUGGCGUGUGGACCCUGGACAACUGGCAGGACUACCCUUUAGAGAGAGGGCUGACCCUCCGUCUGGUAGACCUCCUCAAGCGCUCUAAAUCCCAGCAGUUCCACGGCCUGAUGGGAAGGAGUUUAGAAGAUCCAAUGAGCCUGGAUAGAAAAAGAAAUAAAGGGGAGAUGUUUGUGGGACUCAUGGGCAGAAGGAGUUUAGAUGAAGAUAUGCAAGAAGAGUGGAAAUCCUACUCCUACUAAAAGACAUCAAGAGUAAAAUUGUUUCAUUGUGAUGUUUAAUUUAAUCAUCAGUGUCAUUGUAGUCUUUCUGUUUCUCAGUCAUCAACAAGACAUUGUGUGAAUUACCUGUUAACCAUAAUCAGUAAUAUUCUAUUUUUAUGUCCGGCUUAAUUAAAGGUUAUUUGUUAGAAACAUUUCUAUGGUGUAUUCUUAUGAAUUGUCACAAAAAUUGGUGAAGUUUUUCUUCACAGAAGUCAUGUUUGCAAACCAAGUUGGCCAUUUUGGUUUGGACCAAAUCAAUAUCAGGUAUUCUAGACCAGGGGUCUCAAACACGCGGCCCGCAGGACACUAGUUUGAGGCCUUGAUAUGAAAGUUUAAUGUUAGUGCGGCCCGCGCAAGUUUGAUAUGGAUGCUGUAUGGUAUCAUGUACCCAGAAAAAAAUAUUACGUUUGAUUAAUGUUCAUGUUAAAGGUUAAAUAACUGUUAAUAGUUAUCCUCCCUAUCCGUGUGGAAGUGGUAAGUUUUUGGCUAUUUAAGUUUAAAGGAAAUAACUUGAAGGCUACCGUUUAGGUCGCUAGCUCUCUAGUUUGCGAGUUAGCAUGUGUCUCAAGACCCUGCCGUUGCGCAAUAUGUUGUAAAUAAAAAGAGUAUAAAUGUGA